AUGUAUGAGCAGUUAACGGCAGCAUUGGAUGAAUUCGAGGCCAAUGAUUCCUUGCAUGCACUCGUCAUAUCGGGCCACGGUAAUUAUUUUACUAGUGGCGCUGACAUGAAAGAAAUGCCUGCCUAUCUAGUUGACAAAUCAGUGCGUCGACCUUCACAAAGCCCAGUAUAUACUUUUAUGCAUAGAAUUAUUGCGUGCAAGAAGAUGCUGGUGGCUGCGGUGAACGGAUGUGCCAUCGGCAUUGGCGUCACACUGCUCAUGCACUGUGAUCUUGUGUAUGCUGCUGAAAGUGCCACCUUCUGUACACCAUUCUUACGUGUUGGUAUCGUACCGGAAUUUGCGUCAUCGUAUACAUUCCCGCACUUCCUAGGACCUAUUGUUGCUAACGACUUCAUCAUCCGCUCCAAGGUGUACACGGCUCAAGAAGCACUGAAUGUUAAGCUCGUUAGUGACGUCUUCCCAACAAACGGUUUCUUAGAGAAAGUUCUUGCUGAGGUUGAGCCAAUCGUGACAAAUCACUCGAACAAAAUGAUUCUUCCAUUGUACAAGUCACUUCUACGUCGCGAAUACACUCCAAAGAUUCUAAAAGCAUUAGCCAGCGAGUUUGACCACAUGGAUCGUCGUGCAGCGUCAAGUGAAUAUCUUGAAUUUGUCUUGGAGCUCAAGAAGAAAUUCAACAAAAAAAGAAGCAAGUUGUAA